AUGAGCACUAACCAUCCACAGCCAGCCACAUCAGUCAAGCUAGUGCUACUUGGAGAAGCGGCCGUUGGUAAGUCAUCUUUGGUAUUGCGGUUUGUGUCAAAUGACUUUCAAGAAAACAAAGAGCCCACAAUUGGAGCUGCUUUUUUAACGCAAAAGUGCACCAUUGGCGAUCGUACGAUCAAGUACGAGAUAUGGGAUACUGCGGGACAAGAAAGGUUUGCGUCUCUAGCACCCAUGUACUAUCGAAAUGCCCAGGCUGCUAUUGUGGUGUAUGACAUCACUAAACCUGCAUCGUUUGUCAAGGCUAGACAUUGGGUUAAGGAACUACACGAGCAAGCUAGUAAGGAUAUCACCAUUGCACUUGUUGGAAACAAAUAUGAUUUGGUUGAGGAUGAACCUGAGAAUGGAAAUGCAGCAACAGCAGGAGAAGGAGAUCUGGAAUUGUUGAGGAAAGUUAGUAAGGAAGAAGGACAAGCGUUGGCCGACGAGGAAGGGUUGUUGUUUUUUGAAGCUAGUGCAAAGACAUCUUACAAUGUUAAUGAAGUGUUUGUUGGGAUUGGGGAGAAGAUUCCCGAUAGUCGUAAGCAUGGUGGUAAUGGUUCAUCAGGCAGUAAUAAUGCAGAUGUGAAUGAGAAUAGAAUCGAUCUUAGUGUUGACAAUAGGAAAUCAUCUUCUACGUGUUGUUAG